UUCGGUCCAGCCUCCCCAGCUUUGACGUCACGCAGUGUUCACACAUGGAAGUGAUCAUUACAGUCCACUCAACAGUUUAAGGUCGCAGAGCCCAGAGCUCAUAGUACAUCUAUCUAUCUAUCUAUCUAUCUAUCUAUCUAUCUAUCUAUCUAUCUAUCUAUCUAUCUAUCUAUCUAUCUAUCUAUCUAUCUAUCUAUCUAUCUAUCUAUCUAUCUAUCUACAGUGUCUCCAGUAUCUAGCUGUCAGUCGAGUUGAUUUCUAUCAGUCGUGUUUAUUCUCGUCUUCUGCAUAGAGGAUUGUGCAAUUUCUUCUGCUCGUCUCUCGGGUUUUGUUUUGCUUUUCUUUUUUUUCUUUUUUGCCUGCACGGAGUACGGCUGGCAUGUCCAGACCUCUGACCAUGAACCCCAACUUUCUACCUCCUCCAGCUUACGGAGUGCUCAAAUCUCUCCUAGAAUAUCCAAUGAAACUACCACUGCAGCACGAAGAAGUGUAUGAAAAGGAAAAGAAGUUGGAGGAAGAGAGGAAUGUGCCACAGUCUGCUUUCCUGGGGCCGGUACUUUGGGAUAAGACCUUGCCUUAUGUUGGCGAUAAUUUUCAGUUGGAGUACAUGGACCUUGAUGAGUUUCUGUAUGAAAAUGGCAUCCCAUCCAGUCCACCUCAGCAUGAGCAAAGCCAGUGUCCUCAGCAGCAGCAGCCGCAACAACAGACCCCCGUCUCUGUUAUGGACCUCAGCAACAGAGUCAGCACCUCCAUCCACACAAGCAUGGUCCCCCAACCCAGCCUCCAGAGCCCCACUAGAACAGUGUUGCCUUCAUCACGCAACACUCCCAGCCCAGGUGACCCAGAAUCUAUCCAAGUGCUGGUGAGCUACGAGCCCGACCCAACAGACCUGGCUCUAUCGAGUGUCCCAGGCCAGGAAGCAUUCGACCCACGCAAGUGCAGGUUCUCUGAAGAAGAGCUCAAACCUAAGCCAGUCAUCAAAAAGGCACGCAAGGUUUUCAUUCCUGAAGACAUUAAGGAUGAAAAAUACUGGGCACGGCGCAGAAAGAAUAACAUGGCUGCCAAGAGGUCACGGGACGCUCGGCGCUUGAAGGAGAACCAGAUUGCCAUCCGGGCCGGGUUUCCUAGAGAAAGAGAACUCUGCUCUCCGACAGGAAGUGGCUGAUUUGCGGAAAGAGCUUGGGCGCUGUAAGAAUAUUGUAGCAAAGUAUGAAGCUCAACAUGGCCCUCUGUGAGGCCAACAGGUUUGUGGCAUAGGAAGGACGAUGUGUAAAGGUGUAAACCCUUUUCAGCAGUUAAACCUGUCCACAAUCACCUCUGUCUGUUCUUGGCACUUUAGAAUUCUGUGUUAGUGUGAGGUCAUGUUUGAGUUGUCAGCCUGCUUUUUUAAAAUACAGUUAUAAAUAUUGUAGUGUUUUAUUAAAGCAUUUAUAAAAAAAAAACUAAAACAAAAAAAAUAACUUUUAUUUGCUUGUCAUAGAACUUACAUUCUUACAAUUUUUUUAAUUAAUGAAAAACAGUUUGCAGGCUUUACAUGUUUACUGUGUCACCCUCUAGUGCUAUAUCUGGUGAGGAAAUUUUUACGUUUAGUUCUGACACUAGCUUUGGUCACUACAAUGGCCUACUGUUUUUACAGAGAAUAAAUAAUAGAAAAAAUCUAUAAAAAUUAGUAUUUAUGAGUAUGCUUUUUUAACAUGACCAUUUUCUAAUGAAACUAUUUGACUCUAUAAGCUGUUACAUGAAUGUUAAAUACCAUUAUUAGCAUCCCAGUUUAUUUCUGAUUGGGAUUUGUGUUGAUAUAAAGGCAUCAAGCCUCUCAUCAGCAUGUUUGUUGAAUGCUUUGACCAGAUUAUGAUCUAGAAUUUUAAAUAUUUGAUUUUCUGGCUAAAUUUAACAUUAUGUCUUUGAAAGCCAUCUUUUUAUUCUCAAUAAAAGAUUUAUGAUAAGAUGAAUUAUAACACUAUACUUGUGGCAAUAAUUUUAUUGGCUUUUAUAUUUAACAUGAAUGGAGAUUUGGGACAUUUUGUUUAUUAAAAUAUAGGUAAAUGACACUGCCAAGUUUUAUUAGCACCAGUCAUUUGACAGAGAAUGGUAAUAUGUUUGAAACACGAUUAAUAAUAAUAAUAAUAAUGAUAAUAAUAAUAAUAAUUAAAUAAUAACAAAUUUAUAAGAAUAUACACUCUGCUUGCCUUUUGAAACCUGUGUGGUCAUAAUGUAAAGGUGGGGUGAUUUUCUGUCUCUGAAUUUCAGUCUCUAUUCCAGACCAAAAGAAAGAAAAUAUCUAUGAAAUGUUAUAUUGAAGUGAAAAUGUUUUAAAUGUUUUACAAAGCUUUUUUUUUUGUUUUGUUUUGUUUUUGUACAGUAUUUUCCUAUGAAUCUUUAAAGAUGUGUUUUAAAAGGUAUUUGACUACAUUUGGGGGAAAGCUUUUGGAUAUUUCAAGUGCUGUAUCUUGCUGGAAUUCUGCAUGGGCAUUAGUGGAGUAUAAUCCAGUCUAUUUAUCUAAUGCAUUCUGCAUUUACAUCCAUCUGUUAUCUCUUAGUCAAACUGAGUCUAUUUUUAUGCAUUGAAUGUGAACAAGGGUUUUUCCCCCUUCUCUUUUGGUCAUAUUGUUAGGAUGAACACAGUCUGCAGUGUUUCUUGCUGGUUAAAUGAUUUGUUUUGAAAGAGGGUAUUAUUAUGUAUUUGCUGUACUGGUGGAAAAAGUGAAUGUUGACUGUAAAAGGAUCUUAUGAUAUUAUAUUUAAAGCAUGUCUAUUUUCAGUAGAAUAUUUAUUGGCUUUAAAGAUGAAUUUUAUUGUCUGUUUAUUGUUCAAAUUUUUUUUUCUUUAUACUGUUUUCUUGGCCAAAAUCAUGAGCUAAAUAAAUUCUGAACAAAGCA